ACACGGGCUUCACGCCAUUUUGAGACACUGGCCAACCAUCGAGCAACUUCAUGUAUGAGUGCAAUGUGAUCGAUCCAUAGGAAGCUAUGUUCAUAACUUAGUCUAUUUUCAAAUCUGCCAACACGUUACCACUUGAAGGACAAACCAGCAGAAACAACAGUUGUCUGUUUCUAACCUGCAUUACUCUUCAGCCAUGACAACCGAGGGAGCCGCCGACCAGGCUGCAGCAGAGUAUAUUCCAGAGAAGGUGAAGAAGGCAGAGAAGAAGUUGGAAGAAAACCCAUAUGACCUUGACGCAUGGAGCAUUCUGAUUCGAGAAGCACAGAAUCAACCCAUAGACAAAGCAAGGAAGACAUAUGAGCGACUUGUCACGCAGUUCCCAAGUUCUGGCAGAUUCUGGAAACUGUUCAUUGAAGCUGAGAUCAAGGCUAAAAACUAUGACAAAGUAGAAAAGCUGUUUCAGAGAUGUCUAAUGAAAGUGUUGCACAUCGACCUGUGGAAAUGCUACCUCUCAUAUGUCCGGGAGACCAAAGGGAAGCUGCCCAGCUACAAAGAGAAGAUGGCCCAGGCAUAUGACUUUGCCCUGGAUAAAAUAGGCAUGGAGAUUAUGUCUUAUCAGAUUUGGGUGGACUACAUCAACUUUCUCAAAGGAGUAGAGGCGGUGGGCUCUUAUGCAGAGAACCAGCGGAUCACUGCAGUAAGGAGGGUGUAUCAGAGAGGCUGUGUGAACCCCAUGAUCAACAUUGAGCAGCUUUGGAGAGAUUAUAGCAAGUAUGAGGAGGGUAUCAAUGUGCACUUGGCCAAAAAGAUGAUUGAGGAUCGAAGUAGGGACUACAUGAAUGCGAGGAGAGUGGCAAAGGAGUAUGAGACAGUGAUGAAGGGCUUGGACAGGAACGCACCAUCAGUUCCCCCACAGAACUCCCCUCAGGAAGCUCAGCAGGUGGAAAUGUGGAAGAAGUACAUCCAGUGGGAGAAAAGCAACCCACUGCGCACAGAAGACCAGACGCUCAUCACAAAGAGAGUCAUGUUUGCGUACGAGCAGUGCCUGCUAGUGCUGGGUCACCAUCCUGACGUGUGGUACGAGGCAGCACAGUACCUGGAGCAGUCCAGCAAACUGCUGGCAGAGAAGGGGGAUAUGAAUAACUCCAAGCUGUUCAGCGACGAGGCCGCCAACAUCUACGAACGUGCCAUCGGUACUCUCUUAAAGAAAAACAUGCUUUUAUACUUUUCCUUUGCUGACUAUGAAGAAAGUCGCAUGAAGUACGAGAAGGUGCACAGCAUCUACAACAAACUGCUGGCCAUCGAGGACAUCGACCCCACGCUGGUCUACAUUCAGUACAUGAAGUUUGCCAGGAGGGCCGAGGGAAUCAAAUCGGGACGCACCAUCUUCAAAAAGGCCCGGGAGGAUCUGCGCACACGUCACCAUGUGUACGUGACCGCCGCGCUCAUGGAGUACUACUGCAGCAAGGAUAAGUCGGUGGCCUUCAAGAUCUUUGAGCUUGGUUUGAAGAAGUAUGGCGACAUUCCAGAGUACAUACUGGCAUACAUUGAUUACCUCUCACAUCUUAACGAGGACAAUAACACAAGAGUCCUGUUCGAGCGCGUCCUCACCUCAGGAAGCUUGUCGCCAGAGAAGUCAGGGGAGAUCUGGGCUCGGUUUUUGGCUUUUGAGAGCAACAUAGGAGACCUGGCCAGUAUUCUGAAAGUUGAGCGAAGGCGGUUCUCUGCCUUCAAAGACGAGUAUGAGGGCAAAGAGACGGCCCUGCUCGUAGAUAGAUACAAGUUUAUGGAUCUCUAUCCCUGCUCAGCUAGUGAACUCAAGGCCCUCGGCUACAAGGAUGUGUCUCGCUCCAAACUGGCACAGCUUCUUCCAGAAACGGUGGUGACUCCUUCUGCGCCUACACUGAAGGAUGAAGCAGACCGCAAACCUGAGUACCCGAAACCUGACACCAACCAGAUGAUCCCCUUCCAGCCACGUCACCUCGCCCCUCCAGGUCUACACCCUGUCCCUGGUGGAGUUUUCCCUGUCCCUCCAGCUGCUGUUGUCCUAAUGAAGCUGCUCCCUCCGCCUACGUGCUUCACUGGUCCCUUUGUUCAAGUGGAAGAGCUCAUGGAAACUUUAAGGAGAUGCACACUUCCUGAGACUGUCGACGCUGCUGUAGAGCUGAUCACUGGUAGACAGCCUGACACAGGAGGGGAGGGCAAUGGAUCCAUGGAGAACCAUGCUGUUGCCAAGUCACUCAAGAGGCCUAACGCAGACUCCGACGAGGAGGAUGACAAAGGAGCCGUGGCUCCGCCCAUACAUGACAUCUACCGCUCACGUCAGCAGAAAAGGAUUCGAUAAACUCCGACACACUGAACGCUACAAGAAUGUAAUCUUAACAGAUGGUCCUAUGGGAUACAUGUACAUGUCAAUGUUUCUGAUCCUCAGACAGAUAGUUCCUCCGUUGAUCUCUGUACAAAAGAUAAGCAUACAUAUAUACAAACACACUCACUCACACACACAGACAUACAAACGGUAUGCUCACCUGUGUGUUCUUGUUUUUGUUCUUUUUUUUUUUUCCUUUUGUUAACAGUUUUUAUUUUUAAAGACUGACCAUUAUACUGUACAAAAUUUUUAACUCAAGCUAUGAUUUGACACACAGCUCAGUUUUGGCCUUGUGAUGUUCCAGUAAUGGCAACGUGAAACCAAGCUUCUUCUUUUUUUAGAUAACUGGAAGAAACACAGUUCCUUUCAAUAAAAGUCCAAAAAAGAA